AUGGCGACCGUAAGUCUUUUGCGUCUUCCGAAAGAGCUUCGAAUCGAGAUCUACGAGCACUAUUUCUCUCUGAAACACGGCUACUGGCUUGAUAAUGCUACCAAUAAAUUCACUUCCAUCGAUGGGACUCGCAUCGAGCUAGACUUGCGCUUUGUCAACCGGCAAAUUGCAGCGGAAACGUGCGGUCUCGCAUUCCAGUACAAUGAAGCCCACGUGGAAACCUGCUGGGAGCCGAGCAUGAACGAAAGACUUGGAUCCUUUGAAUACUACACUAAGGAGCUCCACCGCAAAAGAUCGAAAGGGCUCCUAGAACUUGUGCAAAACGCCGAAACGCUCCUCGACCCAGAGGUUUUGGCCAAGGUAAAAGAACACUAUGCGCAGUUCUUGCCAGAUGUACAAAGCUUUGAGAGCUCCAAUUACGUCGCCGGAGAUGGCAGAAAUUGGAAGAAAACUCCUUCUACAAUCCGCCAAUUCGUCAAAUCGGAACUCAAAUACAUUGUCGACGCAACACCCUCGGUCGAUUCGUACUUCAAGCGCCUCGCAAACUUGCUACCAGAUUCCGAGCCCUGGUGCAUACCCACGCUUGAGGAUGUCCGAAAGAUGCUAGUGUUUAUGCCCGCGGGCGUACCCAGACCACCCAACGCGCUCAUGUUGGGGAGAGCCCUAUCCGACGAGACCGAAGCGUUCUGGAGUGGGGAAAAACAACGCUCUUCAGCUGCUUCCCUGGCGAUUCACUUUUUGAGCCAUGUAUCGAGGGAAGCGAGGCUGGAGAUGAGGAAAGUUGUGCUGCACGAAGAUCGGAAAUCAGUUGCGUGGCCCGAGAGUCAUGCGCGUGGACUUGUCCAAUUCUGCCAAGAGAACAAGAAGUUACGUAUUGAGCGUCGCGUAGACCUUUGGAGGAAUGCUUUCCCCGCUGGGUCCAGCCCGUUGGUAACGGAUUGGCCUGGUGGUGGUGGAGGUCUGCCGUCUCUUUGGAUCAGCAAGAGCCUUGUGGAUUGGAUAAUGGAGGCUGUCAUUCUGCCUUCUUUGGGAAUGCCCGAGAAUGCGUUCAAACUCGUACUAACGGACACGCCGUGUGAGAUCGACAACUCUGCCAUCUUCGAUGUUGUGAUUGCAGACGCGGCUACACAGGUUGCCUUCGUACGUGCUACAAGCCUUCCUGAUAGCAUAGCCCACCCCAGUAGUGGAACACGCACUCUCUUCGAUGCGCAAAGGUGGAUCGACAUUCGGAGGGAAUCUGCUUUUGUUAUGGAGGGUUUCCCAGAGGCCAUCGAUGCCAUUCUAAAGGCCACGUCGUUUGUCAUGUGCGACUUCCCCAUGAAGACUCUGGACGAACCCGUAGAUCUGGAGCAAAUUUCAGAACAUAUGAAGAUAGACGAACCCAGCCAGGCGUGGAGAUGGGGCGAAGCCUGGAGAGAACGACACGAUUUGGACUGGUUUGAUCCACCGCCACCGCUUCCCGCGUGGUCUGAGCUGCGCAACGAAGACCGUGUUGAUUCAUUGUCAGGCCAUCCCUCUUCACGAUCAGGCGAGAGAAGACGAAAGAGUGAACAUGGACAUCAUGGCGAGUCCAAGACUAGACUUAAUAGGGCACGACCAUAA